UGACUCACCAGCUAGGUGGCUGAAUUCUACUCUUUGCAAUGUGCAUUGCAGCCAAUACUGGGUCUGAAUUCUACCCGGUGACCAGAGGCCAGGGCCUUUAUAAGGUGGAAGGCUCAGUGCCCUUCCCAGACUCAGCUCCUGGUGAAGCUCCCAGCCAUCAGCCAUGAGGGUCCUGUACCUCCUCCUCUCGUUCCUCUUCGUAUUCCUGAUGCCUCUUCCAGGUGUUUUUGGUCAUAUAAAUAAUCCUGUCAGCUGCGUAAAGAGCGGUGGUGUAUGCCUUCCCAUAUAUUGCCCCAAUGGCUUUAAACAGCUUGGCACCUGUGGUCUCCCUGGAACAAAGUGCUGCAAGAAGAAUUGAGGAGGCCGAGAAGCUUCUGUGGCUGAUGUGGAUUCAGAAAGGGCUCCCUCAGCAGAGACGUGUGACAUGUAAACCAAAUUAAACGAGUGUUCAAAGACA